UGGCUUUUAACCACAAAGAGAAAGAGCAGAUGGCUGGAAAGCACAGAAUAAAAGAAAGACUAACUGCACAUAACUUGGUAAUUCCAACUUGGUUAUUAUACAUUGAAAGAAACGACAAUCGAUGCGAGUGAAAUGGUGAGAUAACUGAGAAAGUGAAAAGGAAAUAGCUCUGCAUUUUAAGUAGGAGAACCGAUAAAAGAAAGUUCAAAACUAAAGGCACUUAAACAACUGUUUCCCACCUCCAAACUUAUGAUCACCAACCACCCACCACGGCACCACGGGCCAUCAGCUGUUUCCACCAAAACGGGAAAUGCCUUGGUUAAUUUUAGUAACAAGGGAAAUAAGUCGCGCGAAAGCGUCUGUAUUUCCGGAGUUCCUGCCAUCACUCUGGAAAUUAUAAACAACCGACUGAAACCCUCAAUUAUAACAAAAAUAUUCUGCUAAAUUCAGGUGAAGUCUGGAUUUAUUCUUGAUGAAUGGAAAACGAGUUCUUUUAACGUGUUACAGCUAGAUUCUAAAGCAAUAUGGCAUCGACAUCUUUCAUGGAAAGACUCCGCACCUUUCAUUCUCCACUGCCGCAAAACUUUGUGAGUUCACUUUCCAACACUCCAGUUAAAUUCGCUGAAGCUGGCUGGGAACGUGCCGACAAUGUUUCGUACGCAUCAGAUGAGUUAGUUUGUCGCUCUUGCAGUGUUAAACACAGUGGGUGGGCAGGGGAAUCCCCACUUGCAGUCCACAGAACCAGAAGUCCAAACUGUCCGUUUCUGAACACACCACCCAGUAUCCCAACUCAUUUUGUUGGAUGUAGCACGAACUUGUCAGUGGUAUCUGAGAUUGAUGACACAAUCAUAGACGAAGGUGCACAGGAACCACAAACAAUAUUUUCUAUUUGCAGUUCAUGUGAUACAAACAAUGCAGAGACCUUGAAAAGGAAAUUGUUCUCCAAAAGAUCAACAAACAAUAAUCACAGUGGGGCCAAAUACGGAAGACGUCAAGCUAUUGUACACCCAUUCAAACCUCUAACUGGUGGGUAUCCCAUGUUGUUUGAAAGCCUUCGACUGACUACUUACAAUUCACCAAGCUCAGCUGAGGCAGCAAAAUGGUCAAGAGACGGCUUCAUCAUGAUCUCUAACCUCCGAGCCCAGUGUGUUUUCUGUGGACUCCAGUUGGAGUUUGACGUGUGUGUUGACAUUGUAGGUGAGCACAAGGAAAAGUCACCUGAGUGUCCUUUUGUGUGUCACUUUGAUGUGGGAAAUAUUUCAAGUGAAGAACAAAGAAGUAUUCAUGAGAAGGAACGUUCAAAAUAUUUUAUGGACGUAAGUCAAUCUAAUGAUUCAAACAAGUACCGUAUCAAGUAUCCUGAAUUUGAGGAUUCUGCGGACAGGUCCGGUACCUUCAGCUUGUGGCCAAAGCUCCUUAAAAGUGUUUUUCCACCAAAUACCAUGGCAGAAGCAGGUUUCUACUAUACAGGUCACAAUGACAUGGUCCGUUGUUUCUCCUGUGGUGUUGAACUCUUUGACUGGGUACCUGGUGCUGACCCCCUGACCCAACAUGCCUGUGCCUCUCCAGUCUGUUACUUCAUGCUGCACAGCAAAGGUCAAGAGUUCAUCAACGAAUCACAACAACAAGAGGUGAGUUUUAUAACUUUUUGUUGCAGUUUUUUAUACUUCAUGAGUUCAGGGCUUGAAUUAUGUGUUCAGGAGGGCUUGCAAAAAUUGCCUCGGUGGGACCUAAAAAUCAGAGGGCACCGAGGCAAUUUGCUAGGGCACCAAGGCAAAAAUUAUAGGUGAUCAUUUUGUUGAUUAAAGUUGGUAAUGCUGGAUCGUGCAUCACAACGUUCAUAUAAAUAACAAUAAAUUUAUUGACGCUCUCUAUAAAAGCAUAGAGUUAUCGGAACAUUUUUAAAAUCAUGAAUGAAAACUAACUUGUCAAUCACAGUAAGAUCACACCAAAACAAAAUCACUAAAAUCACAGUUUUAAAUCAAAUAAUGAUCACGAUUGCAUCUGACUUUUAAAUGCCUCUAUGACUAGCUCUUCUUGAUUGGAUUAAUAUGAAUUAAUUAUGACUGUUGACAAAAUAGGGCACCAUAGAAAACAGUCAAUAAUAUGACCAAUUAGGUAAGCCAUCGAUCAUUUUAGAUUCAA